UACCCUAUCUCCCAAUCUCUCUGUAUACGGAUCUACACACAGUCUCUGAGAUCCAAAGAAGAUUAAAAACAAAACAAAGAGACUGAAGAGAGAGAGAGAGAGAGAGAGAGAGAAUGAGAGAUUCCUGCAAAGUUUCAGCCAUUCUUCUUCUGGUUCUCGUCAAUGGCGUAUUCGGAGAAAACCCUUAUAGAUUCUUCACUUGGAAGGUGACUUAUGGCGACAUUUAUCCUCUUGGUGUUAAACAGCAGGGGAUCUUGAUAAAUGGGCAGUUUCCUGGCCCUCACAUCGACGCGGUGACGAACGACAACUUGAUUAUCAGUGUUUACAAUUACUUGAACGAGCCUUUCCUCAUUUCUUGGAACGGGCUGCAACAGAGGAAGAACUCAUGGCAAGAUGGGGUAAUAGGGACGACAUGUCCGAUCCCACCCGGAAAGAACUUCACUUACAUUAUCCAAGUGAAGGACCAAAUCGGUAGCUACUUCUACUUCCCUUCCCUCGCCUUCCACAAAGCCGCCGGCGCCUUUGGAGCCAUCCGUGUGUGGAGCCGUCCCCAAAUUCCCGUCCCUUUCUCUCCACCGGACGGAGACUUCUGGCUUCUCGCCGGAGAUUGGUACAAAACUAACCACUACGUUCUGAGACGUCUGUUAGAGGCUGGCCGGAAUCUGCCUUUCCCCGACGGAAUUCUCAUUAAUGGCCGCGGCUGGGGCGGCAAUACUUUCACCGUGCAACCUGGGAAGACAUACAGAUUCAGAAUAUCGAACGUGGGACUGGCAACAUCGAUAAACUUUCGAAUCCAAGGUCACACGAUGAAGCUAGUCGAAGUAGAGGGUUCCCACACGGUUCAAAACGUCUACUCGUCUCUGGACAUUCAUCUGGGUCAGUCCUACUCUGUUCUCGUGACAACGAACCAGGCGCCGCAGGAUUAUUACAUCGUCGUAUCCUCGAGAUUCACACGGAAGGUCCUCACCACGACCGCCGUUCUUCAUUACAGUAACUCGGGAAGAGGAGUCUCUGGUCCUGUUCCGUCCGGACCCACCCUGGACAUCGCUUCCUCUCUCUUCCAAGCUCGAACAAUUAGGAGGAAUCUGACAGCGAGUGGACCGAGGCCAAACCCGCAGGGUUCGUACCAUUACGGUAUGAUCAAACCGGGACGAACCAUCAUCGUAUCGAAUUCAGCGCCUUACAUCAACGGCAAGCAGAGGUACGCCGCCAACGGCGUGUCCUUCGUGGCUCCCGACACGCCCUUGAAGCUCGCGGAUUACUUCAAGAUCUCUGGAGUUUUCAACCUCGGAAGCAUACCGACGAGUCCUUCUGGUGGGAACGGAGGGUCACUCCAGACAUCCGUCAUGGCCGCAAACUUCAGAGAGUUCAUCGAGAUCGUGUUCCAGAACUGGGAGAACACUGUCCAGUCUUGGCACAUCGACGGUUACUCCUUCUUCGUCGUCGGGAUGGAAGGAGGGCAAUGGACUGCAGGAAGCCGAGCAAAGUACAAUCUCCAUGACGCAGUUGCUCGUUCCACCGUUCAGGUAUACCCGAGAGCGUGGACAGCGAUAUACAUAGCGCUGGACAACGUGGGGAUGUGGAACAUAAGGUCGGAGGAAUGGGGAAGACAGUACUUGGGGCAACAGUUCUACCUUCGGGUUUGGACAUCGUCCACUUCUUACAGGGACGAGUAUCCGAUCCCGAAGAACGCCCUUCUCUGCGGCCGAGCCAGAGGCCGACACACCAGGCCGAUCUAAAACACGAGCCAUAUCUUAUGUCAUGUGACCGUUUGUUAGUUAGUUAUUACCGUUAUGUCGGCUAAUGUUGUUGUGUAUGUUAGUGUCACGAAAGGGUGGCAGAUUUGUGUUUUGAGAGCUCCUCUUGAGCUUCUCUGAGUUUUUUUCUAUGAAAUGAAAUUGUUCCAUUGGAUAAUUUUUUUAUAAAUAGUAUUAAAUUGUUAUAACACAA